CGCGCGGGGACACGUUGCGGGGGGGAAGAUGCUGCUGCGCGGGCUGGGCGGCGGCGCGCGGCACGUGGCGGUGUGCGAGCGUUCGGACGCCACGCGCGGCCCCGACUCAACCCGGCGGCGCGUGGACGCGCAUCACUACAACCACCGCGUGUCUAUUUUAAUACCGGAAUGUGGAAUGGUGCCGCCAGCCAUCACUGCCAUCUGCAAAUCGUUGGAGAAUUACUAUCUAAUGAAGCAGUUACCGCUCCAUGAACUGCUUGCUCCUGAAUUCAUCAACACAUUUGUGAAGAAAGGUAAAUGCUAUGCGCUGUCGUACAACACCAGAAUAGACGAAGACAAUACAGUGGCUCUCCUUCCAACAGGGAAGCUGAUUUUAUCAGUAGACAAGGACACGUAUCAGGAGAUGGGGCUGGAAGGACAACCAUCCAAAUACUCCCACAGGACCGUGAUGAGAUACAUUGUUACGGUGCAUCUGAGUGAAGCCUCCUUUGUUCCUGGUCGAAAGAGGUACGACCGGGUCCUGUGGGCACUGCGAGAGAAGAAGCCUUUAAUCUUUGACCUUUUGAUGUCCUGCGAUUCCUCAGCAGGUGGAAGAGAGGAGUCGUUGGCAUCUUACUUCACCCAGUACCAGUGCCAGGCUUACCAGCCCAAGCUGUCAACCCGUAUAUUGAAUGGAACACCCUGUCCUGUGCUACUCAGCAGUGAACUGGAUGGGAAAGACUGUGAAUCAUGCAACUCACUCGAGUUCCUGGAUUGGCUGGGUGCAGUCUUCUGCGACAUUGACUGCAAUAAUCAGGCAGACAGCUUCCUGUCUACGUACUGUUGCCCUGAACCCAACACCGUGGUGGAUAAGGCAUGUCUAUGUACCAUUACCGGCUUUAUCAUUCCGGAAGGAAUAAAUCGCUUAUUGGACCAGCUGCGGCUGUACUUUGAAGAACCGAAGCUGGCCCAGUGGCUCAGUAUGACAGUGCACGGCUUUGCAGACAGCCCAGUGUCCUGGGGUCAGAGUGAACAUGGCUACCACAGAGGAGGAGAGAACCUCUACAAUGUUGUUCUGUUCAGUAAUCAGGAUCGCUGGUUGCACAUGGCAGUGGGCACACAGAGUGACUGUCCACCAUAACCCUCUGAACACCAUCUGCCUCCAGCUCCCAAGUCCAACCCCUGGCGAAAGGAAGAAUUGACAUGGGCGCCAUGGUGGCGCAUCGGUAGAGUUGCUGCCUUGCAGCGCCGGUGACCCGGGUUCCAUCCUGACUACGGGUGCUGUCGGUAU